UAACCGAAAUAAUUUAAAUAUUAGUGCCUCUUUUUCUUUUUAUUUGUCCACGAGUCAUUACUAAUAAUAGAUAGACAAUAAUUAUUUCAUAUAGAAAUGAAGAGUGAUUGAUUUGACUGUUGCACCGAAACAAAUUUGAAACGUUCCAGUCUGAAGUGUGUAGCUAGCUCGAUAUAACUGUCAAUCUGGGUGUAGAAAUUUAUUUGUAAUUUUCACCGGUUCUCAUGUGCAAUUUCCGAAUGUGUUAGACUAUUUUUAAACAAUUGUUUCUUACGAAAUAAUGUUAUUUAGUGUAUGUGGUGCAUAAAGCUGUGCAAAAAUGGAUGACGGUUCUGUAAAAAUCCAGUCCGGGAUCAACAUCAACAUAAAAAGAACAGAUGGACGGAUUCACUCAGCGAUAGUUUCCGGGGUGAACUUGGAAACGCGGUCAGUGACGGUAGAAUGGUACGAACGGGGGGAGACCAAGGGCAAGGAGGUGGAGAUAGAUGCUAUCCUUGCACUCAAUCCAGAGCUCGCCGGUCAGCGCAACCACACACCUCACCUCCAGCCCAUGCCCAACAAGCUAGCGAGGGAUAUGACACGGCAGUCAAUUCCAGUUGCAACCAAAGCUCCGUCUCGGGUCACCCGAAAUAAUCAGAUGCGGUUGUCGAACGCGGGAGGCGCUUACACGAACGGUCACGGCGGAGACACGACGGGGCGACGCGGCGCUGAGAAUGUGCCGCCCCCACAGCAGCCACAGGCACCGCCCAACUCUAGAAUCACACAACAGUUCAACCCGCCGGUGUCGGCGGCGCGGCCGGCGGCGGUGUCGAGCGCGGUGUCGGUGCCGCACGCCGUGGCGUCGGGCGCCGUCCGCCGCUCCAACGUCGUCAAGGAGGUGGAGCGCCUCAAGGAGAACCGCGAGAAGCGGCGCCAGAGGCAGGCCGAGCUCAAGGAGGAGAAGGAAGCCCUGAUGAAUAUGGAUCCCGGCAAUCCGAACUGGGAGUUCUUAGCCAUGAUACGGGAGUACCAGAAUAGUAUCGAAUUCCGACCACUGACAGGGAACGAACCGGUCGAAGACCAUCAGAUCACUGUCUGUGUGAGAAAGAGGCCGCUCAACAAAAAGGAGAACGCUAAGAAAGAGGUGGACGUGAUCAGUGUGCCGACAAAGGACCAGAUGAUAGUUCACGAGCCGAAAAACAAAGUGGAUCUCACCAAAUACCUCGAAAAUCAAAAAUUCCGAUUCGACUACGCCUUCGACGACUCCUGCACUAACGAAGUUGUUUAUAAAUACACGGCCAAGCCGCUCGUGCAGACGAUCUUCGAGGGCGGUAUGGCGACCUGCUUCGCGUAUGGACAGACCGGCUCCGGGAAGACGCAUACCAUGGGGGGAGACUUCCAGGGCAAGAUGCAAGACUGCAAGAAGGGUAUAUACGCGAUGGCUGCGCGCGACGUGUUCACAUACCUCAAGUCGCCCAAGUACAAGCCUCUCAACCUCAUCGUCUCCGCCUCCUUCUUCGAGAUAUACUCCGGCAAGGUUUUCGAUCUAUUAGCGGAUAAGGCGAAGCUCCGGGUGCUAGAGGACGGCAAGCAGCAAGUUCAAAUAGUAGGUCUCACUGAGAAGGUCGUCGACAAUGUGGAUGAAGUGCUCAAACUCAUUCAACACGGAAACGCAGCGAGAACAUCUGGACAGACGUCGGCGAACUCGAACUCGUCGCGCUCGCACGCCGUGUUCCAGAUCGUGGUGCGCUCGCCCGGCAUGCACCGCGUGCACGGGAAGUUCUCGCUCAUCGACCUCGCGGGCAACGAGCGCGGCGCAGACACCUCCUCCGCCAACCGCCAGACGCGCAUGGAAAGCGCAGAGAUCAACAAGUCUCUCCUGGCGCUGAAGGAGUGCAUCCGCGCGCUGGGAAUGAAGGGCAACAACCACCUGCCGUUCCGCGUGUCGAAGCUGACGCAGGUGUUGCGCGACAGCUUCAUCGGUGACAAGUCCCGCACCUGCAUGAUCGCCAUGAUCUCGCCCGCCAUGUCCUCCUGCGAGCACUCGCUCAACACGCUGAGAUAUGCCGACAGAGUGAAGGAGCUGGGCGCGUCGGACGGUUCCCGCGGGCGCGCCGAGUCCCCGCAGGCCGACGUGGAGAUGGAGCCCGCGCACGACGACCUCGCGCACCUGCGCUCGCUCAACGAGGGCGACAUGUCGGCGGAGAUGUACACGUUCCACGAGGCCAUCGACGAGCUGCAGCGCGCGGAGGAGGAGGUGCUGGACAACCACAAGGCCAUCUCCGACUACCUGCAGCACGCGCUGCAGCGCUGCGCAGCGCUGCUGGCGCUCACGCGCGACGUGGACUACGACCAGGACGGCAUAUGGCGGCGCAUUAAACGUCUGCGCGCUGUCCCGAGCAAUGGCCUUGGCACGCGAAGAACAAGCCGCAUGUUAGCAUACGCAACGCAAUGGGAGGAGCUCCUCAACGAGCAGCUCGCGGUGCUGGCGCAGUCGCGCGACCUCGUGGCCGAGUUCCGCGCCAAGAUGCAGCAGGAGGAGCACAUCUCGCGCCGCAUACAGCCCGCGCGGCACCACUAGCGCGCACGUGCGGCCGUGGCGUGCGCGUGCGCGUGCGCGUGCGUGCGUGCGUGCGUGCGUGCGUGCGUGCGUAGUGUCGAUGGAUUGAUCUUUAAAUUUGUUUAUUUGCCUUCGAGGUUCUAGAUGAAACUGUAGCGAGAUUGUCUGGAUACGGUUUCGUUUACGGCGAUGACGAAACGGCUGCUCGAUUGAACGUUGUAUCCGAAGUUCCUAAUUGUAUAUAGACCGUUUGCGUGCAGCGGGUUGCACCGAGUAAAAAUAUAGAUAUUUAAUUGUUUGGUUAUUUUCGAUAAAGCUAAAGUUUUCCUUGUGAAGUUUAUGCAUCGACACUACGUACUGUGGUCUAGUUACACUGUCCAUUACCGUAGCGCAUAUUUAUUAUUAUGAGAAAUGAAGGCUAUGAUCCUGUGAGUACAAUUGCAAAAGUGUAACUAGCGGGAUGCAUUCGCGCGUUCAAGAUAGCGAUUGAAAGUAUGGCGGAUAUAAAUGAGUGAAAUUUUCAGUACAGUAUUGUAACUACAUUUUUAAGACAGAGUCAUAGCUGGCCUAUCCAAGUUUCGCUUUGAUACUGAAAACCGUGACAGUGUUGUCCAAAUAAAAAUUAACACAUUUUGUAUAAAAAGCUUAGAAUACUACGAGGUAACGAGUGCCGUCGGCGUUAUGAACCAUAGACAUAAAUAGUGUUAUAAGCACAAAAGCCUGACGUACAUCACAUGGCAUCGAGGGUACGAUGAUAAAUGCCCUAAAAUGAGCUGAAGUAAACUCGUCUCUAAAGAAGAGACCUUGUAAGACUUGAUUUCCGGCUUUGCAGCGAUAUCGAUUUCAAAUCGAUUAAUGAUCUGUUUAUUUUUCGUGUCUAGGACGACCCACUUGGUGCGACAUUUAAUUUAGACGUUUUUUUAAACAUUUAGUGACUUUUCGAUUUGAAUGCAUUUAACUUCGCUAAAGGCCUACUUCUUUGUUUGUAGAUAUUUUGUAUCAAAUACGAGUUAGGUGGUUAAAUCGAUGUGGUCACCUCGUUUAUCCCGGUGUUAACAUGUUUGAAUUUUUGGCAUGACAAAAUUAUUUAAGGCUAUGUAUGAUUUUAAUUGUAUCAAAUGAAUGUCUACUCAUAAUAAUAUACAAAUCAUUCUAAUUCAACAUUUUUGCAAAAUGACACCGGUCAAUUUUAGCGUUUUAUCAUGUGAAACAGAUUAUAAAUAUGUGCUGAUCAGUAACAGCCUGUUAAUGUCCCACUGCUGGGCUAAGGCCUCCUCUCCCUUUUGAGGAGAAGGUUUGGAGCUUAUUCCACCACGGUGCUCCAAUGCGGGUUGGUAGAAAUGAUGAUGUAGAUAGUGAGAAUGUGCUGAUCAGAGAUUAAAAAUUUAGUUGAAAUAUUUUUUGACAGAAAAAUUUCGAAAUACUCGUACUGUUGUGAGUUAGAUUUAAUAUGUUGGUGUGAAUAAAAAUUGUAACGAUUAUAAACGGCUAGUUGUCUGAAAUAUAAUGUAUUUUACUGAAUAUUGUAUGACAAUUUGUUUAAAGCGUUUUGUUAAGCCGGCGCCACACGUGUUUAUGCAAGCAUUUGUUGAAUGCAACGAAUAUUAAUGUCUACUACCGACAUGUUACGGAAAUGAGGAGGAGAGCGAACUUUUACAUUCGUAAAUAGAAUAUUUACGAAUAUAAUUUAAUUUAAAUAAUUAAAUUAUAUCUGAUUGGAACUUUCCAUGUGUCCGAACAUUAAGUAAAGUAAUCAAUGUAUAUUUUAUUAAAAGAUGAAAUUUUUAACGUCCCACAGCGCUACAAAGACUUACAAGGUUAAUACCAAAAUACAUAUUUUUACAAUAAAAAAUGUAAUUCAUGUCCAGUUUUAAGAUGAUAAGAUUGAUCAUUUGAAUUGUUAUGCCAUUUGUGCCUGUUAGUAAUCUGGCUCACUUGUUUAUUUCCUCGGUAAUAGACGAGUAGCUAGUACAGUUUAGCGAUAAAUAUGUUGAAUAAGUACACUUGAUAGAGAAUCAAUUGCCAGUUCUUAUGCGAUACCAGCAGUCGUGUGGCGCCGGGUCUAGUGUAGAAUGACGUUUCCUUUGUCACCGAGAUGUUAAUCGCAAAGGACAAAUGUCAACUACAUAACUAGUAUACUAUUUGUUUUAAUUCACAUACAGUUUUGUAUAUUAAUUUAAAAUCGUAAAACGCGAAGUUUCAUAGUGAAAAUUUAAGUGAACUCUAUAAUAUAACUAAUUAUUAAUUAUACGAGAAACAAAAAAAAAUGUAAAAUAUAUUCGCUAGAGGAUAUUAUGAAAGAUUGAACUGCCAAUGUUAAUUAAAAAAGACUAAAGCCACUUCACACGAUUGUUUGUAAAUUGAUGAUUAUUUUGUUCUAUAAUUGUUCUGUUGACAAAUUUCGAUGUAUUGACAUUUUAUCUCUAGACAUAUUGUUGAGUAAAACAACGUCUUCCAAGAGGUGAGAUGAAACUAGCGUUCUAUAUAUGUAGUCCUGAACAAUAGAACCCUCGAGCUGACGACUGAUCUAUAACGUUGUAACGUGACAUCCGCAACGAGCGUGCACCAUUUCCAAUGGAUAACGAUACUGAGAAAUUCAAAGCAAUACACGAUACAUUAUUGGGUGUUACGCAAACGGCUCGGCUUACCGUACGGUUUUCACGAAUGCUUACAUUGAUUUACAUGUGUUACAUUACGUGUUAAAUGGUACAGGUCAGUCGCCAUAUUUAAAAAAAAUAUAUAUAUAUAUAUACCAUCGUGCCUGUCCCUUAAAUGUACAAACUAAACUACUCCAUAAUAUAUAGGAACAUAUAUGUAUAAAUGCAAUAAUAAAUUUUGAAAAUAUUUUAGAAUUAUUGAAUUAAUUGUCUGUAAUAAUUCGACCUUUAUGUAAUUUAUAUAUUUAUCAUAAAUUCUUCUGUUAUUUGCAUAUGUUACAAGAAAUCUUAACGGAUCUCCUUUUAUUGUUUAAUUUAAAUUUCCUUUAUAUAAACAUUCUUUGUCUCUUCGUAUGUAAAAAAAGUAGGCUGUAUAUAAUUAUUAUGAAUAUAGUCCAGAAUUGAAUUUCAUUCUACAAAGAUAUAACAUGUCUAGAAAUAAAAUGUCACUGUGGUUAGUUACAAACGACUGAAACGUAACCGGUGAAAUAAAUUUCUAUACACAGAUACUCAUAUUGCGCAGGAACUAUGUGUGAUUAUUCAUAUUCUCAUUGAAACGCAUCAUCUCAUAAAAAUCGUAAAACAUUAUAUUAUAAUUUAAAAAUAGUAAAUAAACUUAAAAAGACUAAUGAGUAUAGGUUUUUCAAGUCAAUACUUAUAUUUUCGUUUUUUUUUUUGUAAUGCGACUUAUUUAUUAUGUUGUGAUAAUAAUUGUAAACAUAUUUGUACUUUGGAUAGCGUUCUGUUGAAUUUCUUAGCGCGUUUCUUAAAUAAAAAUUGCUUAUAAAAGUUUAUUUGAUUUUCUCGUUAUCUGUCUAAAUGUACAUACAUUAAUAAAAAGAAACUUUGCUAUUUUAAUAAAUUAUCGUUCUGAUUUUGAAAUGUGCAUAAAAUUAAAUUUUAUGACAUUUGGAUAGAUAAUGAAAAAAGUUUUUUUUUAAAUGUACUGGUGCUAGGCUACUAGAUCAUUCAAUUGUGCCUCGACGGUUAAAAUUCCUUUUAUAUUAUCUGUUGACGUCAGUUCCUAUGUUAUGACUAAGGUACAGACAAAAAAUCCUAGUAUUUCUUUAAAAACCGUGUUCCUCACUACUUAGAAUAUUAUUAUUAAAAGAAACUACCGUUCAAUAUUAAACAUAUUAUAAAAUAAAUGUUAUUGAAUUAUUCUGAACCGUCGAGGCGAAAACCUCUUACAAAGUUUAUUAGAUAGUGCUUAUUAAUAAAUAAUAAUUAAAAAAUCGGUACUCUGUAUCAGAGUGACUGUGUGCGCUGAUGAUAAACGUAAUCUCUAAUCAUACAUAAAUUUUUAAUUAUAGUGUGAUUAAUCAUUUAUGUUAUAUUUUUAUUUAUAGCGAGCUCUUUCAGACGGGACCGUUCCCAUCGGUUCAGUGUGAAAGCGCUCUAUACUGAGAUUUGUAACCUGAGUUUUAUUUUUGCCUUGCAAUGAAUUCGUUUUGUAUAGAAGUGUUGCGUUAAUUGAACAAGUGAGGGAUGCGAGGUGCGACGUGCGGGUCGUGCUAGUUGGAAUGCUUUAUUAUGAUAAACCUAUUUUAACAUCGCACAUUAUAAUAAAUUAAUCGAAAUUGGA